UUUCUUUCUCUAUGUUGCAUCACGGCUGCUGUUGGUCUCAUUGGAUCUGACGACCAAGUGCCAGUGCUUCAGUGGACACAGCAGAAACUACUUGCUCAUAGCAUACCUCUGCCAAGACUACAACUUCCCUGAAACUAAGCGUGAGGCGAGAUGAGUGCGGAGACGUGGCUGCUGUUGGUGGUCGUACUAGUGUUGUUGUGGACCUACUCUAAAUGGCGACAUAAUUACUGGGCAUCUAAGGGCGUGGUCUCCCCGCCAGCCCUGCCAUUCAUUGGCCAUAUGAAAUACUUCGUUAUUGGUCAGCGCUGGAUUUCCUUAAAUAAGUUUUAUCGAGAGCUACGCAACCACAAGUUUUAUGGGCUGUACGAGUUUUUCAACCCCGUACUUGUGAUUACUGAUCCUAAACUUCUUAAGCACAUCUUGGUGAAGGAUUUUGAACACUUCGUAGACAGGCGUCGGUUCGGGGACCAGGAAGGCUCCAUCAUGACUGAGAUGCUCGGUAAUAAAUCUGGUGAGGAAUGGAAAGACCUUCGAGCUGUCAUGACUCCAACAUUCUCAUCUGGCAAAAUGCGAAGUAUGUUUCAUUUGAUUUGCGAAAAAGCAGAUAACCUGGUUUCUUUUUCUCUCAAGAAUGCAGUCAACAACAGGCCUGUUGACAUGAAGGACAUGUUUGGUCGUUUCACCAUGGAUACAAUUGCUUCUUGUGCCUUUGGUAUUGAAUGCAACUCGCUUUCUGAUUCCAAGCCCGUGUUUGCAGACAAAGCUGGGCAGUUUUUCAAUUUUCAUGGUCUUAAAGCAUUGAAAAUGACUUUCAUGAUAGUCUUACCAAAAUUAUAUAAUUUUCUUGGAUUCAAAGUGGAUGAUCCCCAGAUUGAAUUUUUCGCAAACCUCUCCAAAAAAAACAUUGAGCUUCGGGAGAAAGGAGAAAGACGUGGAGACUUCUUAGAUCUGCUGCUGGAGGCGAAAGCUUCGGAAAACGAUAUCCGUCCAGGAAAAAAAGUAUUUGGAGAGCAAACGUUAGUCGCGCAGAGUGUGCUAUUCCUUGUGGCUGGUUAUGAUACCACUGCUUCGGCACUCGCCUUCUCUGUCUACAACAUUGCCAGGCAUCCCCAGUACCAACAUCAGCUUCGGCAAGAGCUGCAGGAGCUUGUGAAGGAGCACGGCUCAAUCAACUACCAGGGGAUCAUGGAAGCCAAAUACCUGGACGCUGUUCUAAUGGAGACGCUGAGACUGUACCCACCAGCGACUGUAGGGGAGAGGAUGUGCACCAAACAAUACAAGAUUCCUGGCACAGACUUAAUUCUGAACCCCGGAAACUUGAUCCAGUUUCCCAUGUGGAGCAUCCAUCAUGACCCUCAGUACUGGCCCGAGCCCAAGGAGUUUAAGCCUGAUCGCUUCCUGCCACAAAACAGGGGCAGCAUCAUCAGUUUCACGCACAUGCCCUUUGGUAUGGGUCCCAGAAAUUGCAUAGCCAUGAGAUUCGCCCUCAUGGAGGCCAAGGUGGCCCUGGCUCAACUCAUCUUGGCGACCGAGUUAAAGCUGGCACCAGGACAUGAAAAACUGGAAUUCGAAGACUCUCCCUUCCUAAUGAGACCAAAAGGUGGUGUGAUGCUGUUGCUCACACCACUUAAAAAAGAGUGAAAAGACUUAUGUUAUGUAAGAGGACAACCAGAGCCUGAGAAUCGAGGAGUGAAGGUAAGUAAGUAACGUGAUGUAUUAGCAUCGAUACCCAACCAGCGCAGAAUACCCAUCAAAAACAUUCAACUCGCUAAACUACAAACUUUUCUAGAGUAGACGGUCUGCUACGCCUAUCACUUGAUUGCGCACCUAUUUCUGUGUCUAAUAAUAUGUCUGGUCUUACUGAGACCACAUUCAAGGGAUGAAAAUUUUUUGGGUACUGGCCGUAUCUUUGUUUAUUGCAUCACUCAUAGCAAACUUAUUAUUGAUCACAAAAACCUCAUUGUGGUCUUAUGUUAAAGCUUCAGAGGUGUAUUAUGUCAUGCUAUUGUUAAAAAUAAAAGCAAAACGAGUUACAAAAACAAAUAAAUAAAAUAAAAUAAAUAAAGGCGUGCUACUUGGAGACAUCUAGCAUACUCAAAGUUCAACUUCAAUUCGUAAUAACUCAAUAUUUUUGCAAUUGACGAAGCUCUGUUCUGUACAUGAUUUAAUAGAGAAUACAGCUAUGUACGACAGUUUUUGCCUUAGUAACACAUCAUUACUUCCUCCUUUCACUUUGCAGGAAAAGAGAUAUGAUGAGCUGUUUUCCUUUGAUCUAGUUAAUCAAGUAUUUUGAAAUGGUAGUUAUGGUGUCAUUUAGUCUAAAAAGAGUAUGAAUAAAUUGCUAUUCCUCAAGCUAUAGUUGUUUGUUAUUAAUUUUUACAUUUAAAUGCCAACCUUUCCCAAGCCUUAAAUCCUAUGUAGUCGUAUGCGCUACAGUCGCUUAGGCUAAUGGUUUUUGCAGAAAAAAUUCAGUCGCAAUUUAGUACUUCCUUUAACACUGAAAUUACCUUGUAUGACAGGCAAAGCAAAUCUUUCUCUUGGUGAAAGCACAAACUAGUAAAUUAGAAAGACAUUCUCAGCACAUUCUGAAAGGAGAAAGUAAUUCAUCUUCCCUCUUUUACGACCUUAGUGCAUGAGGAAAAAAUAUAAAAAAAUAUUCGAUUUACUUAGGUAGAAACUUCACUAUAAAAAUAUUACAAUGAUUAUUCUGUGCAGAUAAUAGAUACUGUCAUGUGAACUGAGAAAUUAUCGUAGUAUGCCAUCUUUCCCAUCAACACGGAUUCCAAAACAGUGCAUACGGUACACUUUAGGAAUACUUAUCACUGUCAAUAAUAAGUACAAGUAGUAAUGUCAAAUACCGCUACAUAUGGCUCAUUUUGAGUCUCAAAUGACAAAAUAGCAAAUGCUGCCUGUACAUAAUAUUAUUAGCAAUGAUAAAUAUUCAUAAAGCUCCCCACAAAUGGUUUCGGACACAUUAUUGAUGAGUAGGUUGCCUUGGUAAGAUGAUACAAUCUUGAGUUCCUGUGAUCAUGGUUACCAAGGAGUGGGGAGGUUCUGUCUCAGAUUAUUAUUAUUAUUAUUAUUAUUAUUAUUAUUAUUAUUAUUAUUAUUAUUAUUAUUAUUAAGUUGAUGUUUACUUUAAUUAAAGUAUUUUGAUAUUGAAGUUUAUUUUAGUUUUGGUUUAGAUUGAUUAAGUUAGACGGUAAUCAUGUUAAUGUUUUGUUUACUUUGUUUAUGAUUAUUAAAAUUAAAGGUAGCUGCCAGCAGCCAUGGGUUUAUGCCUAAUAUGUACAGAUAUCUUUCUGUGGCAUGGUAGCGUUGUUUUUAUUAAUUAGCCAGGGUUCUACAAGGCACUGGAAAAUCCCAUGACAAAAAGAUAAAUUUUAUUUUAUGUAAGUAUCUAUAUAAAAAAACAAAAGCUUCAUAUUAUUUUUUUUCUGGAUACACAAUGAUUUUAUCUAGUAUAUUAUUAUUACCUUGGAGAUGUGGGACCCCUAUACUAGGAAAAUGAUAAUGUCCCUAAUGAGUUAAUGAGAAAUAUUGUAAAUGAAUAAUUUACAAGUUAACAUGAAUGUGGCCAGAAGUUAUCCUAACCCAGGGUUACACUAUUUUUUUGCUAUUAAGCAUCCUAAGUCAGUGUUGGUGCUAUAUCAAAAUAUGUUGUGUAUCAAUGAUGUGUUGACUAAUAUAUAAUCCCCGGAGAAUUUACCUAUCUGCUCUGAAUUCAGGUUUACUUCCUGAAAUUAAUUUUUCCCCUAAAACCAAAUAGAUAACUGGCAGAAAAUUUACAUUUUCUUCUUUCUGUCAACGAAGCAGUCUGUUAGUGUCUUGCAGAAGUAAUUAUUUUAUAAUAGGCACGAAUGAUUUUUCUCAUGUACACAAGCUUUGUAAACAAUAUAAAAUUUCCAGGACAAGUCACAUACUGUCAACCAAGCAGUCUGUUAGCGUCUGAGGGCGCCUCAAAUUAGAAAAUAAUUCCUUCCGGCCGAUUUUUAUUUAUUUAUUUAUUUAUAUUUUUCAAUAUCCCUAAAAAUUGAAACCCUUCUCUGCUCUCAGAUUAUAUAUAUAUAUAUAUAUAUAUAUAUAUAUAUAUAUAUAUAUAUAUAUAUAUAUAUAUAUAUAUAUAUAUAUAUAUAUAUAUAUAUGUGUGUGUGUGUGUGUGUGUGUGUGUGUGUGUGUGUGUUCGUGUCGAAGGUGGACGUGCCAGUAGUAGCUCCUGGAAUCAAUUUAUCUUCACAAAGACUAUGUGAUUGAACUGGGAAAAUUAGAGUGUUAUAAAAAUGUUCUGUGACACUGUUGAUACAAGUUUAUCCUCAUUAUUGGUCAGCUGUGGAAAUGAAAGUGACUGAAAGUGGUACAUGAGAAUUGACCGUUUCGAUAAUUCAGUAGAAGCUUCGAGCCUUCCAGUCUCGUGCAUCACCAACUGUACCACAAACUAUACACUCACACUUCGGUAUAACCAACACAUUUGGUGUAAUUUUGGAAACCGCAAGUUGCUAGUAAUAUUGUGUAUCAAGUGAAAAUGUCCAGACCAUUAUCAGAACUUCUCGGUUUGAAUAAAUGUCAACUGAAUGACAUAAGAAAGAAGGACCUGGUCGAGAGUUUGUUGGCUGCUCGAACUCAAGAUGAACCAAUACAAGCAGUCUAUACGCAAUUAACAGCUUUGUUGAAGGAAGUCUCCGAGUUGACGUCACCCGACGGAGUUGUCUGUACCAUAAAUAAAAAGGUAUCAGAUUUACAAAAUCAAGUGGAAAAACAAGCUGAGAUGAUUAGUCGCCAACAACGGUAUUUAGAAGUUUUGGACAAAAAAGAACGGGAAAAUAAUUGUCUUACUCGGCAUUCCUGAUGACCAAGAAAGCCUUGAUAGAGCAACAUCAGAUGCAGCGAAGGUGGAGAGAGUGUUUGAGAAGGUAGAAGCGGAUGUUGGGGUAAUACGAGUUGUGAGAAGGCUAGGAAGUGGCAACAACGGGUGACGACGCCCGAUUCUGGUCACCUUGGCAUUGCGAGAGGAUAGAGACACCCUGCUGGAUAAGGCGAAACGACUAAAGACUUGCGAGGAGCCGUUUAAGAAAAUUUUCAUUAAGAAAGACGUUCACCCGAGUGUACGUGCGGAGUGGAAGAGACUGUGGGAAGCGGAAAAGAGAGAGAAGGAACGACCAGAAAACGUCGGUUGCAACAUCCACUUCAAUGUUAGAGAGAGUCGGCUGUACAAAGACGGAGUGGUGAUCGACCAGUGGACUCUCCAGGCUUUUUAGGAAGACCACAACAGGAAAGUAAACUUAGAAUUGUUUCUUGGAAUAUAAAUGCAGCCAGGACAAAGUUUGUAAAAUAUAAUGUCCAGAAUUUUCUGAUAAGAUAUGAUAUCACUGGUAUUAAUGAAAUCAAGACUACUUUACCAUUUAAUUUACCAGGCUAUUAAUGUUAUAAGAGUAUAAAUGGUCAUAAAGGUCAUCGAGGUGGGACAGCAGUAUUUGUGAAGGAUUAUUUGACUGCCUUCAUCACCAGCAUGGAUAACAGUGUGCCAGACCAGGUGUGGGUUCAGUUUAAUUGUAUGAUGGGUGUCGUGUUUGGAUUCUGUUAUGUUCCACCAUCUGGCUCACCGUACUUUAGUCAUAUAUCUUUCUCAACUAUAGAUGAAAAGAUAAAUAGCUUUGUCAACAACGAAAAGUUUGUAAUUAUUGGGGACUUUAAUUCUAGAUUUGGAUCCAGUGUCCGUCACUUGCCCAUGAAAAGUGGCAUACCAGAUGCGCAAUUAUACACAUACCCCAUUAUACCAGAUGAUGUUAGGAUUGCUAAUGACAAUGCAUUUGUUUUAGGAACAAUAUGUAGUGAUGAUGGGCUUCUUGUGUUGAACAACUUGUCUACACCUUCGAGGUAUUUCAGAGGUGGGAGAACCUUUAAGAAGAUAAAUGAGUGGACUUCAGAAUUAGAUCUAUGCCUUGAUAACCUGAAGAUUCAUCAGACUAAUGAUUUGCCAUCUGAUCACGCUCCUGUCAGUUUAGAGAUCAGGUCACGUGGAGUGGGAAUGAAGCACCUGUGCCAGCGUGCAGGACAACUGGGAGAACACUGGUCCUGGGGAAAUGAACUAGUUGACGAAGGAGUCGUGCAUAAAUCUAUCAGAUAUGAUAGUAUUGAUAAAAACAUAUUUUUGUCAAACUUAUCUGAGAUAGAUUUUAUCUGUGAUGGGCCAGAAAAUGUUCAUGCACUUGCUCUCAGGAUUUCAGAGUCAUUAUAUGCGAGCGCAGCUUCCAGUCGCGUCAACCAAGCGUCAGCCUAGGAAGAUGGUGGCCAUGAUCGUUGGGCCAGGUUGCUUUCUGACCGGGAUGACAGGCACGUUUGGGAGGCUAUAGGAUGGAACGGGAAGUACCAGGACAGGGGGCACAUAAGUAGUGUUCCAUGUGACCAAGACUUUAUAAAUUUUUUUACGAAAAUUCGUUCGGUGUUGCAGAUCAACAGGGGGAUACCGAGUCGAAUGAACAUGAUGUGUAUGUUCCCGUUCUGGAUGAUCCUAUCUCUCCAGAUAAAGUGUACAAACAUGUAAAUAAGUUGAAAUCAGGGAAAGCCAGUGGCCCUGACGGAGUACCUCCGGGCCUUCUUGAGGUAUUACCAGCUCAAUGUAUGUUGAUGAUUUCCACGUUACUUAAUUAUGUGUUUUAUUUGUCUACUUAUCCCACUUGUUGGACUGUUGCUAAAUUCGUCCCACUCUUCAAGAAAGGUGAUAGGGAAGAUGUGUAGGAGUACAUAGAUACACCAUUAGAAGUUCGAGGUAGGUUCCAGUAAUGCGGUUUACACCUCGUUGGGUACUGCCACGGUCUCGGUCAUUCGGCUGACUGGACGCCUACCUAAAACACCACACACUCACGCCUGCAAUGGUUUUCCUUUAUUGUGAUUUAAGUACCACCUGGAGUUUGGGUAAGCACUUUGUAUUAUGAUGGUAUUGUGAUUAUGAUGUAUUGUGAUUAUGAUAUAUUUAUUUAGUAUUAACUUUGCUGAACAUGUAAGUGUAUGUGAUUACAGUUAAAAGUAUUUGGGUGAUCUUGUUAAGUACUUAUUGUGAAUGUACCUUGUUGGUGAUAUUUGAUAGAAACAUGAUUUUCUAUGGAGUUGGAUUAGUAUAACAUUUCCAGACCAUGUUUAUAUUAUGACUUGUGAUGUGUCCGCUAAAUUCGUGUAGGAUUUCGUAUUCACUUAAUUGGUUGUUGGCAGGCCUCUGUUGUAUACUUGCUGUGACCGUGUCUGGGGAAUCUAACUGCGCCUGUGAACAGCGCCCGCAAAUAAACUCACGGCACCUGUCUGGAAGUUUCUGUACCGAUCCCCGCUCUACAGAUGUACGAAGUUAGAGGAAUUAAUAUUAUUAAUUGCAUGGCAAAAGAGUAUCACAUGGUUCUUUGUUCACGGCUCGAAUCCUGGUUCAAGCCUUUCCGAGAGCAGGCGGGAGCUCAGCGAGGUUGAGGAUGCCUUGAACAUAUAGUGACUCUUAGAUUGCUUAUUGAUAUUGCAAAGAAAAAGAAAAACAAACUGUAUGUAACGUUUGUGGAUUUUAGUUCAGCCUAUGAUAGAGUAACGAGACCACUUAUGUUGAGACUCCUCAAGAGACUAGGGUGUGGGACUGUGAUGCUUAGUGCCGUGGCUGCGAUGUAUCGGGUGACUCAGUGUGUUGUGGGCACUGCGGUGUUCUCAGUUGCCGUAGGUGUCAGACAAGGCUCACCCACAAUGUGUUUGUUAUUUAUACUGUAUGUCAAUGACUUAAUCCAAUUAAUUAAAGAAAAUUGUCCUGAUGAUGGUUCUUUAAAGUGGCUUCAUGUUCUCAUGUUAAUGGACGAUACAGUGUUGCUCUCCACGAUUCGAGACCGAAUGACUAGGAAAUUAAGAUUAAAACAGUAUUGUGACAUGUAUAAUAUGGGUAUAAACUUAACUAAAACUAAUUUCUUCGUAAUCAACGCUUCGGCGGUCGACAAGGAAGCGAUGGUAGUGGACAAUAUGAGGGUAGAAUGGUGUGACAUGUACGUGUAUCUAGGAUCCCCAUUUACAUCUAAUGGUUCAGUGUUUUCAGCUGUUAAGGUUCAUGCUAAAAGGAAAAUGAAAGAUGGUAAGAAGUAUAUUUUAUUUCUAAAGAAAAACAAUGAUUUACCGUUCUUAGUAAAAAAAAAAAAAAAAAAAAAAGAGUAUUGAUGCGUGUCUAAUGUCUUCUCUAUUGUAUGGCUGCGAAUCGUGGUUGAGUGCGGAUCUUAAUCCUGUUAAUAAGUUAUAUAACUGGUCUUUGAAAAGUUUUCUUGAUGUCAGGGGGAACACAUGCAACGACCUGUGUUAUAUUGAGUCAGGAUACCCAACAUUAAAAGUUCUGGUAAAGAAAAGGCAAAGGAUGUUCUUUAAAAGUAAGUGGGAAGAAAGGCAGGCGAUGGACGAUGAUCCAUUUUCGUUUGUAGUUAAGAAAGCAUUUGAUACAGGAGGUAACACCAGACUAUACCUGACAGGCUUGUUGCAUGAGAACCCUGAUGACAUACAAGUGGGAUGGAAUGAACUAAAAAACUGUGUGCUAAAUUCAGCAUCAUCAGGAAGAAUUACUUAUAGAACUAUAAUGAACCCAACCUUGGCAGUUUACCCAUUAUAUCAAACAAACUACAAAGUAAGUGAAUCACAUAGGUCCGCUUUCACCCGAUUCCGUGUGUCAGCACAUUCUCUGGUAGCGCAGUUGGGUAGGUGGAGUAGAAGGGGCCCCGGUUACCUCCCACUGGCAGAGAGGGUGUGUACUUGUAGGGAUGUUCAGACAGAGGAGCAUGUCAUUCAGUUCUGUCCCUUAACGCAACAUAUUCGAGACAUUUACCGGAUUUCUACUAUUCAUGACACAAGCUAAUUACCCACUAGUAUGUAAGAUAGUUUGGGAUGUGUUACAAGUCUAUCGGAACUAUUGAAUCAUAUCAAUGAAAGUUGUGUAUAUUUUAUGAAUGGGAAUAAUAAUAUUUGUGUAAACUUUUCUCUCGGUAGGUAAAAUAGGAGUUUAAUCCAGAUAAUGCAUCUGUUCGUUUAUUAUUAGUAUUUUUAAAGUAUUUUGAUGUAUUUUAUCGUUGUAGGUAUAGACUUGGUUUUGUUUUGUUAACUGAGAUUUUCGAAUUUUAUGUUUAACUAAGCUUGAAUUAGCUUUGUGUAUACUAUUAAAUGAGUAUAACAGACUUUCAGAUAAUGCACAUUUGUUCACUUAUUAUUAUUAAUUUUAAAAAGUAUGCUAAUGUAUUUCGUUAUUAGAGGUAUACGUUUGGUUUUAUUUAUUAUAUUGUACUAUUAACCGUGUCUUUGAUUAAUCUUAAUAAUUUCGUAUGUCUUUAUCCGUUUUCUUUUGCAUUUUAAGUUUAUCAAUAUUUUGUUAAUUGUGACACUUUAAAGUUUUUAUGCCUUAAUAUUUCUAGUUUUGUUACAUACAAUCACAUUUCUACAGUCUUUUGUAAUGAACCAAUAGCACGUUUGUUGUAUCUCUUUUAGAAUGUUACUUAUCGUUCGUUAUGUUGAUUGUGUUGUAUGGUUUUGUUGUGGUCAAUAAAAUAAUAAUAAUAAUAAUAAUAAUAAUGAUAAUAAUAAUAAUAAUAAUAAUAAUAAUAAUAAUAAUAAUAAUAAUGUGUGUGUGUGUGUGUGUGUGUGUGUAUGUGUGUGGAAAAGGUUCGUCAGUACCGAACAGCACGUUUCUGCAACAACAAAUCAAAUUCCUUGGUCACAAAGUCCACAGAGAUUCUAUUCAUACUUUAAAUGACAAGAUAAAUGCUGUUAAAAAUUUCCUUGUUCCUACUAAUAUUAAUCAGAUCAGACAGUUCAACGGUAUCGCCAGUUCAUCAAAAAUUUCAGCCUUAUCGCUCAACUUCUCACUCACUUGCUCAAGAAAAAUGUUGCAUUCAUCUGGUCUGAAAAGGAACAAGUUGCUUUUGAUCUUCUCAAAACUGCCAUGUGUCAAGCACCAGUCCUUGCUUUUCCUAAUUUCGAGAAAGACUUCAUUUUAUAUACUGAUGCUUCUGGCUUUGGAAUCGGUGCUGUUCUCAUGCAGAAAGAUUCACUUGGUAAACAUCGCGUAUCAGUGUAUGCUAGCAGACUUCUCAACAAAGUCACAAAGCGUGAAAGUCUUGCUUGAUCUGGGCCUUACGUCAUUUCCGUGAACUCAUCUUAGGCUAUAAGAUUCAUGUCCACACUGAUCAUUGUGCUGUCACAGAGAACUUCAAAGUCAACAACUUAAUUCUACAUUUUCAUAUAUUCCUGGUAAGGCAGACGCACUGUCACGCAAUGUUGCCGCUAUCCGCAUCACAGACACUCCUGCCAUGCCAACCAUGGAUGAAAUAAGGACACAUCAGCAUUCAGACGCCGUCUGUUCUAGUGUUGCUUAUUGCCUCGAAUCUGGUGAUGAGACAAAUCUUCCUAAGUUGCAAGUGAGUGCUGAUACGGUCUCUUGUAUAAGUCGAGUGAUGUCUCUACUGACGAUUCUAAUGAGCGUUUAUCUCAGCUCGUGAUACCUCAGUCGCUAGUGAGUACAAUACUUCACCACGUUCACGACUCACCCCUCGAAGGCCAUCCAGGUCGGGACAGAUGCCUUGCACAAGCAAAAUGAUCGUAUUUCUGGCCGACUAUGAGGAAAGAUAUCUUUCAACACUGUGUGCUCUGUACAGACAGGCACCACUUACUAACAGAAGGAAGAGUGGAAAGACAAGAACAAUCUGGAUUAAAUUGGAUACUUAAAUGUUGGCGAGGAAGUGACAGCGUAUGCCUGGAGGAACAUAGCUGCGGCAGUGGGGAGAUGUCCGACGAGCACUGGUGGAGAGGGUCGAGGGUGGGGAGUGGCUCGGGGAAGGAGCCAAGUCCGUGAGCACUGCGGUGGCUUGGGGGAGGAGCCAAGGGACACCUACACCUCAGGAGGGAAGCAGGAACGACGACCAGCGAAGAGGAGCGGCGGAGAAAGGGUGUGGCGGCAGACAAGUGCAGCGGCAGACAGGUAUACCGUUGAGCAGGAUGCGGCCACAAGGGUUAGUCACUUGGAAGCACGUGGAAGCGUCCAGUAGAGAGAGAGGGAGCACGUGGCGUAUCAGUCUCGCAACUUGCCUGCGAUAGGACAUGAUAUUCAUGACUCGGUGUGUACUUGUGAGUUCGUGUGUCUUCGACUGCACAACACCGCUGACCAUCACUGUUCUAAUAUUUGUUAGGAUCA